CCGUCCCCGUCCCCAUCCCCUCCUCCGCCCACGGCCGCGGCCGAGGGAGUUGAGCUGAGCAGGGGGAGGGGAAGAUCUCCACCCAUCCCCCUUCCUCCAGCCCACCCCGCGUGUAGAUUCAAUUGCACCUUUUAUUAUUGUAACUCUUCCCCCAGGACGAGCAGCCCCCGGAUCUGUCCCUCCGGCCCCCGCGCGCAGGGAUGGCGGAGCGAGCGACCUGCCGGCGGGCGCCAGGGGUGCGCGAGGAGGCGCCGCCGCGCCCGCGGCCCGGACUCUGAGGACGGCAAGGAGAGCCAGAUCCGAGGCAGGUGCAUAGGCCGGCUAUGGUGACAGGACGAUGUUGGCCAGAAAGAGCAUCAUCCCCGAGGAGUAUGUGCUGGCUCGCAUCGCGGCGGAGAACCUGCGCAAGCCGCGCAUUCGCGACCGCCUCCCGAAAGCGCGCUUCAUCGCCAAGAGCGGGGCCUGCAACCUGGCCCACAAGAACAUCCGUGAGCAAGGACGCUUCCUGCAGGACAUCUUCACCACCUUGGUGGACCUGAAAUGGCGCCACACGCUGGUCAUCUUUACCAUGUCCUUCCUCUGCAGCUGGCUGCUCUUCGCUAUCAUGUGGUGGCUGGUGGCCUUUGCCCACGGGGACAUCUAUGCUUACAUGGAGAAAAGUGGAAUGGAGAAAAGUGCUUUGGAUUCCACUGUGUGUGUGACUAAUGUCAGGUCCUUCACCUCUGCUUUUCUCUUCUCCAUUGAGGUUCAAGUGACCAUUGGAUUUGGAGGGAGAAUGAUGACAGAGGAAUGCCCUCUGGCCAUCACAGUUUUGAUUCUCCAGAACAUUGUGGGUCUGAUCAUCAACGCAGUCAUGUUAGGCUGCAUUUUCAUGAAAACAGCUCAGGCUCACAGAAGGGCAGAAACUUUGAUUUUCAGCCGCCAUGCUGUGAUUGCCGUCCGAAAUGGCAAGCUGUGCUUCAUGUUCCGAGUGGGCGAUCUGAGGAAAAGCAUGAUCAUUAGUGCCUCAGUGCGCAUCCAGGUGGUCAAGAAAACAACUACGCCGGAAGGGGAGGUGGUGCCUAUUCACCAACUGGAUAUCCCUGUCGAUAACCCCAUUGAGAGCAAUAACAUUUUUCUGGUGGCCCCUUUGAUCAUCUGCCACGUGAUUGACAAGCGCAGCCCCCUGUAUGAGAUUUCAGCCACUGACCUGGCCAACCAAGACCUGGAGGUCAUAGUCAUCCUGGAAGGAGUGGUUGAAACUACUGGCAUCACCACACAAGCACGAACCUCCUACAUUGCUGAGGAGAUCCAGUGGGGCCACCGCUUUGUGUCCAUCGUGACCGAGGAGGAAGGAGUGUAUUCUGUGGAUUACUCCAAAUUUGGCAACACUGUUAAAGUAGCUGCUCCUCGGUGCAGUGCCCGAGAGCUGGAUGAGAAGCCUUCCAUCCUUAUUCAGACUCUCCAAAAGAGUGAACUGUCCCAUCAAAAUUCUCUGAGGAAGCGCAAUUCCAUGCGAAGAAACAAUUCCAUGAGGAGGAAUAACUCUAUCCGAAGGAACAACUCUUCCCUUAUUGUGCCCAAGGUGCAGUUUAUGACUCCAGAAGGAAAUCAGAACACAUCAGAGUCAUGACAGCAAGAUACUCCAAGACAGUCUUUUAUCAAGUUUGGAUGGUUUAUGCCUAGCACUGUCAGGCCAAACCAGAGCUGGAACACAACAAUUUGUCCUUCUAUAUUUUAUUACACUAAAUGAUAUUCAUAUUCAAGCAACAGCACUUUCUAUAGUAAUAAACAAUAAUGCACAAAGUGAA